AUGGCCUCUCCCGCCCGGUCGCGCGCUGAUCAUAGCCUGGAGUCAUCCAACUCCACCGCAAGCAUUUUUCUUGGCGGCGUGCGGAGGACCUGGAUACCGAACUCGUCGCAGCCGAACCCGGCCACGCUCUCCUCCAAGCGCCCCGAGCGUUAUUCCAUUCCAGACUCCACGAGCCAACACCAAUCUAAGGCCGCCUCCGCGCAGCCUGAUCGCGAUCGUCCGGCCGUCCCGUCAGGUACAACAACAACAACAACAAACACACAGAGUUUAAUGUCGCCCGUGACACCCGGCGCAAACUUGCAGCUUCAACAGAACCAGCCAUGCCCUCCGACUAUUACCUCGACACCCUCAGCCGGCCACUCUCCAGCAAGGGCUCUUCCGUCUCCCGUACCGAGCACAACCACCCACGUCAGCCCCGCUGAGAACAGCCAUGGUCCUACAAAUAGUGCCACGGCCGCCCCUCAAGCGUGUACUGGGCCAGUGGCCACGACAUCACCUGCGAAUGGAGAAAUCCGGUUUCCGCAAUCGCCAAGUCAGAAUGACUCGCGGCCUCAGUCCCAGGACUCGGGGAAUAUUACGACGCGUCCAGGACAGCAGGAGGACAACACCGCGCCUGCACCACAGCCGGCGAACGGCAGUGCUCAACUAGCCCUACCGAAGCAGCUAUCUAAGCAACAGGCAUUCUUGCCACCAAGCGAAGACGUCUGGAGACUUUGGAUAAGGAAUCUGCAGACCAUCAAGGAUGAGUUGGAGAGCAGAGGCGAACUGUCGCUGGAGUACGGAGGGCCUCGAAUCGCAAUCCUGCGCCAGGCAUGUCAGAAACAGGAUCUUUUCUUCAUAGUACUUCAUCAGUUGUACUGUGUACGGACUGUGGACCCUUAUCUGUAUGAUCGAAUUCCCGAGCUCCGGGCGACUCAUUGUCAAGAGGGCAUGCUCCUGCUCCAGGACCUGUUGGUGGACAAUUUCAAGCUUCCACAAAGAUCGGUCGAGGCCUUGGCUCAUUUUCCAGCCCCUCCACGAGGUUUGAUGCAGCUGGACGGGUAUAAUGCGAUGGUUCAGAAGAUUGCCAGCGUUUUGACCCGACUCGUGACAGAUUGGCGACCCCUUUAUCGCGCUUGCUAUGAGCGACGGUACCCGCCGCUGGUGGAAGAACUCGUGCUAAUAUUCGGGACGACAUCGCAUGCCUUCCUCUCCACUAUCUUUGUGUCCUUGUGCCGCCAACUCUACGAACCCAACUGUCAACAGCAACUGGGAUAUCUCUUCUACCGCGAUUAUAUGGCGCUGGAUCGCCGCAUAGCCAGUAGCGAGGCCAUCAAUCCGCAAAAAAUGAAUACCCCUCUCAUCAAGUCAUACCUCAAACUCCCUAUGUCUUCCAGGGCACCACACCCAACUAGAUGGACGCCUCGGUAUGCGCCCACUGGUGUUCAAGUUCCGAUUGUGUAUCAAACUGUUCAGGUCGCGAGCAUGCCCUCCCCGAGUAUUAUGUCUCCAGCUUCUGGCAGUGGUCAAUCACCCGUUGCGAGUCCCCAGCUGCCUGGGCCAAACUCGCCUUACGGUCUGUCUCACCAAACACCUUACAACGCACAGCCGGUGUCACAUGGUCAGCAGUAUAUCUCGCCAUACCACCGCGCGCCUGUUCAAGUGCAUCCAAGUCAUCCGGCACCACCUCAGCCAGUCCCAACUUAUGUCGUCUCCCCGUUCGUCCCUCAGCAUGAUGGGGCGGAUGGUUCCAGGCCUCCGUUGCAGACACAGGGGUCUCAGCCACCCACAGCUACUCAAAUGAACCCUGUUGUCCAGCAACGCCGCCUCCCGGAUCCGAUGGUAGGAGUGCAUGGGUCGGUAUCACCCCGUCCUGUGCCUUCACGGCGGACUCCGCUAUCUCCACACCAUGCGCCUUCCCAACAAACCCCUACAUCUCGGUACCAUCCACUGGCACAAACCCAUGCACUUUUUCAACACCCUGCACCUCCCCACCACUCUGCAUCUCCCCAGCACUCUGCACCUCCUCAGCAACCUGCACCCUCUCAACGUCCUACUUCUUCUCGGCAGUCUGUGUCUUCUCAGCAACCUGCCACUCGACACCCUGUGGUGUCACAGCAGCAGCGGCAUCCUCGGACCGAACGCAGAACCUCGAGGCAGCAAUCUCAGCCGCAUCGUGCUACAUCUCUACUCCCACCGGUCGGCUACAGGCCACCUCAGACGGCUCAUCCAAAUCCGUUGCGGUUGGGCCUUCAUCAGGCUCACCUUCGCGAUCCUGUGAAAAAACUGGUGGAGCUUAAUUCAAGCGGGGAGCUGGUUGACACGGAGUUAUUCCAGUACUUAGGGGGAUUUGUCCUCAACCCAACGUUUCUGGACACCCCAAAAACGUGUCACAAGUGGACUUUUCAACUUUCAGAUGCUCAAUGUAAGAGAUUCCCACGCACAGUCAGUCAAGGAGAAGGAAAGCGGCAACUGCGAACCUUUCAAAGUGGAUGUUGGACGUUCCGCCUGCGGUCUAUCAAGAUUUCCCCUUCCCAAAAACCGAAAAUCGAGCAAGUGUGGGCCAAUACGAAUACCACGUGGCCUAGCGUCUUUUAUAUCUUUGUCAAUGAUCAGGAGCUUUUCGCGCGCCGAAAGCUCCACAAUGGAAAGGACCUCCCUCUGGACAUCACGGAUUAUCUUACGGAAGGAACCAACAACAUCACCUUGAAUUUGCUUCUCGACAAGAACGAGUGCAAGACCCAGCAGUACGUGUUCGCGGUGGAAGUGAUGGAAGUGACCGGAUUUACGCAGUUGCGGAGUCGAGUGCAGUCCCUCCCGGCGACUGAGUCGCGUGCCCUUAUCCAAAAACGCCUGUCUCCCCUCACAGACGACGAGGAAAUCACAGUCAUCACCGACAGUUUGACAGUCAGCCUGAUCGAUCCUUAUUCAGCACGCGUCGUCGAUGUCCCCGCUCGUUCCCGGCAAUGUGACCACUUGGACUGCUUUGAUCUAGAGACCUUCCUCAGCACGCGAAAAUCGGUCUCAGACUCGCUUCCAAUGAACGACAAGUGGUUCUGUCCUAUCUGCAAAGCAGACGCGCGUCCACAGUUUCUGUCCAUCGAUUGCUUCUUUACCGAGGUGCUGCAGGAAAUAACUCGCCAGAAUCGACGAGAGGACGCACAGGCCAUCGAGAUCAAAAUUGACGGGUCGUGGAGUUUGAAGGUUGUCAGCGACGAAAAUAGUCAUGACAACUCAGGAGAUCACGUCCAACGUCCAACGCUAAAACGCAAGGCCGAAAGCUCGCCAGAUGCGGGUGAUGCUCGCUCUGGCUCCCACGGGGUUUUGAAGCACGAAGGAAGUCCCACCCCGUCUCCUCUCGUCGUCCACAAGGAGCCUGUUGUCAUUGAGAUAGACUAG